AGUUUUGAAUUCGCCUCCUGAAGAAACUGAAGAGAAAAGAGAAAGUGAGAUCGAGUAGCUCAAGUCAUUGCAGAUGGAUUUCAAAGGAAAAAUUUCGGAGCUCUUUUAACACUGUCCAAUGGCUUUUUAUCGAGAAAAACACUGUCGUCGGCAGAAGGCUUGUGUUGUUGUGUCGAUUUUUAUUUUUAUUCUGGGACUGUUACAGUUGAGCUUUGGAGUGGUGUUUUCCCUCAAGUCGCGAAACCGAAAAUGUCAUAAGAUGAAACACAUGUUAGUGGGUGUUUACAUGAUCAUCGCAGGAAUAGCUGGAAUUGUCGGUUAUUGCUCUCGAAAAUCACGAAAUUCUUUAAAAGAUGCAAAAUCUACCCGAUCUAGGGCGUCUGUGGCUGUACUCCUCAUCUUCUGUGUCUUAGUUGUAGUGGUCGUGGUGUUUGACAACAGUGCCUUAAAUUGCAUCUCAUCUUAUGACAGUCGUGACCACGAUGCAUCCCAUUUAUACUCCAUUCUUAGUGUUGCUGAAGUAUCAGGAAUGCAUGUCGCCCAUCUCUUAUGUGCCUUAUGUAUUGGACUGGCCUGUCCAGAUUUAUGGCUUCAAAAACGUGGAUGGAGCUACAAAUAUGACAAACUUCUGAACAGCUCCACUAAACAAAAGUCUUCAAAACAGGCUUUGCAUCUGCCAGAAGCUCGCACUCACAUUCAAGAAGCAGCUGGAACUGGAGAAAAAGUCACUGUUGUUUCCUUGCCAGAAACGGAUGGAAUAGUUUAUGCAGUUCCUGAGGAACAGUAUGUUAUCCGAAGAGGUGAAGCUACGUACAUGGCACCGGUUGGCAACACUAACCUAACAGCCUUCUUCCCUACUUACAGAAUUCAGACAAAUUAGAUUCAUCGAUUUCAUUGAAAAUGUAGUUAGGGACUUCGACAGUGAUUCGAAAGAGAAAAAAAAUCAUCUGUUCUGUUUUUUUUUUUUUAUUCUCUACUGUAUAUCCAAUCGAAAGAGAGUAAGUAUAAGCUAGCAUUAGAAAGAGGUGGAAUUAAGAAAGUUUCCACAAUCAACAAGUAUAGAUGUAUACUAUUAAACACACAACAAAACAUCAGUUUUUGUAGAUUCAACUGAAGAUAUUUUGUGGAUUUUAUUCUUUGUGUUUUAUUUUAAUAAACUUAAGCGGAAAAUUGUUCUGUAGAUAAAGAGCAAAAGAAAUAACACUAUAACCGUGCUGACAGUAAUGCUAUAAAAGAAGAGCGAAUUUGUAUUUUGUUAAAAGCAGUUUUAUUUUUUAAUGAAUAAUAUGCAAUGUUUGCAUGUUCACAUAUUGCAUUUGAUAAGUUUAAAUACAAACUAGAAUUUACAUCUGACGUCAUCAAAUGCAACAAUAUAUUCUUUUUAAGACUUAAAUAUAAUUCUUUCAGAAUAUUUUUAUACAAUUAUUUAUAAACAGAUUCUCAAUGUAGAGUUUUAAUAAUGCUGAGAACAGUGAACUCAAGAGCUUUCUUAGCGUGUACUACUAAGCUAGUUCUUCAGCUUCAUUUCGAAUAACAUGACAUCUAUUGUUAAAAAUUGUUACGAUAGAAAGACCCGUAUUUAAAAAAAAAAAAAAAAAAAAAAAAAAAAAAAAAAAAAAAACUUUUUUUUGUUUUUGUUUACAGCUCCACUUUUCAAUUGUUUCUUUUGAAUAUUUUUUAUGUGAUUUUUCAAUUUUGUAUAAAUAGAAAUUUCUGUUCUAAUUACAAUAAUUAGAUUCUUUUUUUA